AUGAACAGUAUUCACAGUUCUCCAGUAAACCCCUUUUCAAACCAAAAUGACUACGAUCGCUAUGAGGACAAAAAGUUUCAACACCAACAAUAUCCUUACGAUGAAAGCCCCACCUUGCAUCAAAACCCGUUUGAGAACCCACCUGUUUCAUACAUUCCAGAUAAAGCCCAACCACCUAUUCCCGACUAUGACGAGGAGAAGAAGCUCAAACACAACGAAAGACAACGUCUCAAACAGUUGAGGUCUCGGCCACGAUUCCACUAUACUCGGUUACCAUACUUCGGAAUCUUGGUUACUAUCAUUCAAGUAGUAGUGUUCAUUGUUGAGUUGGCAAAGAUGGCGAAAUUGACCGGAAGUGCAUUUCAGACCAAACCUUAUUUUAAUCCCAUGUUGGGCCCUUCCACAUAUGUGUUAAUUAAUAUGGGGGCACGUUAUAUUCCAUGUAUGAAUGGAGUGGAAGGAAUCACCACUGAUCCAUCAAUUCAGUAUCCAUGUCCUAAUUCCACAUCUGUCGACACCGACGUGUGUAGUUUGAACCAGUUAUGCGGAUUAUCAGGAAUUCCCAUCGUUGAUGAUGCCUAUGAUCCUCAUCAAUGGUACAGAAUCAUUACUCCCAUCUUUAUCCACGCUGGGUUCUUACACAUUCUUUUCAACUUGCUAUUGCAGGUGACGAUGGGCUUCAGUAUCGAAAGAGCUAUUGGGAGUGUCAAAUAUGCUAUAAUAUAUUUGCUCAGUGGAGUAUCGGGAUUCUUACUCGGUGCUAAUUUCACUCCCAAUGGUGUAGCAUCUUCAGGAGCAUCAGGAAGUUUGUUCGGGAUAGUAGCUACAAAUAUUGUCAUGUUCAUUUAUUGUGGAAAGAAGAAUACCAACAUGUAUGGGACCAAAAAGUUUGGAUUAUUUUUAUGCAUUAUGUUUGGAGAGAUCGUGGUAUCCUUUGUUUUGGGGUUGUUACCGGGUUUGGAUAAUUUCAGUCAUAUUGGUGGGUUUGCCAUUGGCGUGCUAUCUUCAAUAUUGCUACUUAAAGACCCUUUUUUCGUGUACGAGGACGGAAUUAUCACAUAUCAAUCUCACUUAUCUAUAUGGCAGGAGUUUGCUAACAACUGGAAUCCAUACUAUAACUUUGAAGAUAAAAUAGUAUCGAGGUUCUACAUAUGGUGUGGUGUGAGGGUCUUGUGUUUUGCGUUGAUCUUUGUAUACUUUGCUUUGUUGAUUAAUAACUUUUUUGGUAAGUCAAUUCUUCCGGAAGAGAACAGUUGUCACUGGUGCAAGUACAUUAGUUGCUUACCAGUGAAUGGAUGGUGUGAGCAAGGUGAGCUUCUGGUUCAAACCAACUCUGCUGAUGACAAUAGCCAGUCCACCACAGCCUCUGCCACAACUUCAACCCCCACUUCUGCAACCUCGACCGAGCCUGAUAGUAUCGACAACACGGGGUUUUCAGAGCCAAAUAAGAGAGAGACAGUAUUGGAUAGUGUUUUUGAGAGUUCAACAUUCGAAAAUUCAACUCCUCUUUUAGGACGCCACGAAGAACUGAUCCACGCAAGCUUAGCACUUUUUAUAAUCAUGGGAUUAUUCACGUUCACUGCUCUUAAGUUCAAGAAAAAACAAUGA